AACCAAAGGGUCACCCAUUUGAUAUUCUUUUAAGUUGUUUUCGUUUUUGGCUGACCGGCCCAAAAUUUUUUCUAAAAGCGCCUUUGGUGUCAAUAGAUAACAAUUUUUAGGGGGAAAGCGUUUUAUUAAACAGAAUCCUCUAAAGUAAUUUGGAAGAGCUCAGACAAUCAAUUUAGUCAACUUAAAAAACUUCGAAACUUUUCGAAAAUGUUCAAAAAUCCGCUACAGUCCAUCCCUUCCCCCCGUCUUCGAGAAAUUCCCAGAUCCGCCCCUGCAGAAGCUCAUUAAAAUUGUCGUUUUAUUCAGCUAAGGAAUCAUCAUCAUCAUGGACAAAAACCAAUUGUUAUUUGGUGCAAUAACAAAAUAUAUAGCCACUGUUGUUUUGAUUGUCACACUGGCGAAAUGCGAUACGAAGUAUACUAAAACGAGCGAAGAGCUCGACAAUAUCCUGAACAACUACGACAAGAGACUCAGACCCGACUUCGGAGGCGAGCCGGUCGAAGUCAAUGUGUCAUUACAUCUCGAACGUGUUGAUUUGCUCACUGAAACAAUGGAGAUGGAAUCCGAAUUCACUUUGCGGCUAAAAUGGACAGACGAGAGACUGAAAGUGUCGAGUGACUUGGGUCAAAUUCAAAUCACAAGUCAAAGUUUUGCUGACAAUAUUUGGACCCCAGAUCUGUACUUCCCCGAGUCGAAAUCAGUGACGAAGAUUGACUCGGCCCAAUUCGUUCGACUCAACUCAGAAGGAGAAGUGAAACUCUCGCGAAAUCUAAAAGUAGUUUCCAGAUGUCCACUUUCUUUCCACAGCUAUCCUUUCGACACACAGGAGUGCCCUUUGAUCAUGGAGUCCUUUGGCUACACCAAUGAUCAAAUGCAAUUGCGAUGGCUAGGUGAGGUGACUGUGAGCCAUUCAGCGUCUAGGGGAGCUAAAUUUUAUGUUUCAAAACCCUCUCAGACUUUCUACAGUCUGCAUUUUGUCACCGGAAGUUUUGAUGAUUUGCAAGUUGAAUUCUACUUCAAACGAGUGGCAUUGGACAAUGUGUUGCGUUACUAUUUUCCCGGCAUCCUCAUCAUAGCACUUUCGUGGCUUAGUUUCUGGAUCGACACACAUCACGUGACUGGACGAAGCCUGGUCGUCUUGAUCUCAUCUCUCGCGCUUCUUCUUUCGUUUUUGAAUUUCCAGAUGAGCCUCAACAAGAUCAACCAUGUUACAAUGUUGCAUCUGUUUUAUCUUCUAUGCUUCUUCUUCAUAGCACUGGUGGUUGUGGAAUUCCUUGUAGUCUUGUGGAUCGCUCAAAGAGCUGCCAAGCGGGAAGACGGAGAAGACGACAGCCGGGGAUCCUCUCAGACUCGAUUGGCUGGGACUAUUGACUUCGUCUGCCGAAUUGCUUUCCCACUAUCCUUCCUAUUUCUGCUAUUUGUGCACUGUCUGCAUGUCUAAGCUUCAUUGAGAUUUGAAAUAUGACAUCGCGAUAACUGACACGUAUUCAACAAAAAAUGACUUUUUUCAAAACGUAUAUUAAGCUAACUGACUUCAGAUCUAUUCAACAAAUUCUCCAUUACAGUUUUUAUAUUUGUCGGAAUAACGGAUGAUCUUUCUAGACAACAGUGUAUUCAACAAAAAUUGACUUUUUUCAGAACGUAACGGCUUUACCCGAAUAAAGUUGACUCAGCCGUUAAACAUGGGAAAGAAGUGUAACUUCCAAUAACGUUCACCCCCUUUCAGCUACAGGUCAAGGAAAACAAUCAACGCGCGUUUUAAUUAAGUUCAGAAUUCGCCAACUAAGGUUUGAAUGUGAGUUAUGACCGAGGUUCUGUACUCAUAGAGUAAUUUCAGAUAAGUUACACCGUCUGUUCGUCACGCUAUCUUAUUUUCGGCCGGACAGAUUCGUGCAAGUUCUUGGUCUAAUACCAAUCUCAAUCUUACUCUUAUAUCUCCUAGUCCCGAUAGAUCUAGUGUAUACUGGUUUAGGCGAGUUAGUUCUUGGAGUUUAUCCAGAAGGAGAACAACUGUAUUCAAAGUUUUAU